GGAUGCUUCAAGUUGCAAGGAGGACUUGUUCUUCUUGAACAUUUGCCACCCCCCACCCCCACCCCCUCCUCCGACUACUCCUCGCUGUGAUUUCGCACCGCGCCCGAAACACUCCGCGAGCCCACGUCCGCACUGGUUGCAAAGCACUUUGGAUGAACUUCCUGAUGAGAGAUCCAGUCAUCCAGGGCUCGAGUAUGGCAUAUCAUCCGUUUAUACCUCACCGGGGUCCGGAAUUUGCCAUGAGCGCCAUGCUGGGCCACCAGCCGCCCUUCUUCCCGGCUCUGGCGCUGCCCCCCAGCGGCUCGCUCUCGCUGCCGGGCGCCCUGGGCAAGCCGAUCAUGGAUCAGCUGAUGGGGGGAGCGGCCGACUCCGGGCUCCACUUCUCGUCGCUGGGCCACCAGGCGGCCGCGGCGGCCGCUGCGGCGGCGCACCUCCGGCCCCUCAAGAGCCUGGAGCCCGAGGAGGAGGUGGAGGACGACCCCAAAGUGCACCUGGAAGCCAAGGAACUGUGGGAGCUCUUCCACAAGAGGGGCACCGAAAUGGUGAUCACCAAAUCCGGAAGGCGGAUGUUCCCCCCCUUCAAAGUGAGAUGCACGGGUCUGGACAAGAAGGCCAAGUACAUUCUCCUGAUGGAUAUCGUGGCGGCAGACGACUGCAGGUACAAGUUCCACAACUCCCGCUGGAUGGUGGCCGGCAAGGCCGACCCGGAGAUGCCCAAGAGGAUGUACAUCCACCCGGACAGCCCCGCCACGGGGGAGCAGUGGAUGUCCAAGGUGGUCAACUUCCACAAGCUCAAGCUCACCAACAACAUCUCCGACAAGCAUGGAUUUGUAAGUUCCACUAAUACCAUCCUGAACUCCAUGCAUAAAUAUCAGCCCCGCUUUCACAUCGUGAGGGCCAACGACAUCCUCAAGUUGCCCUACAGCACCUUUCGGACUUACGUGUUCCCCGAGACCGACUUCAUCGCGGUGACUGCUUAUCAGAACGACAAGAUAACUCAGCUUAAAAUCGACCACAACCCGUUCGCCAAAGGCUUCCGCGACACCGGCAACGGUCGACGGGAAAAGAGGAAGCAACUGGCGCUGCAGUCCAUCCGCUCGUACGAGGAGCAGCAGAAGAAGGAGAACGGGGCUUCGGACGACUCCUCCGGGGAGCAGGCCCCCUUCAAGUGCUUCGGUCAGGCCUCCUCCCCCGCCGUGUCUACCGUGGGGGCCCCGCACCUGAAAGACUUUUGCGACAGCGACGACGAAAGCGACGAUGAAAGCAAAGACGGCCACGUCAAAGACGGUCCGGACUCCAGCAAGAUCUCCACCACGACGGAGGACGGCAAGGAGCACGAGGCGAGCCCGGCCAAGGGGCACCUGUUCGGGGGAGGGGGAGGCGGUGGCGGAGGGGGAGGAGGAGGAGGGGGCGAUCCCCUCGGCCGGACCCGCGACGGGAGCCCGAGGACCGAGCGAGGCCGGGCGGACUCUCGCCAGAGCCCCAUCACCGUCAUCUCCAGCACCACCCGCUCCGGGGAGGACGUGAAGAGCCCCAGUCUGGACCCGGCCAAGGAGGACGACACCCGGCCGCCGUGCAAGGACGCCUUCGUGCCUUUGACUGUGCAGACCGAGGGCGCGCACAUGCAAGGCCACCACGGCCACGUGCCGGGCUUCGGAUUUCCCAGCGGCCUGACGGGACAGCAGUUUUUCAACCACUUGGGAGGCGCGCACCCGUUCCUCCUUCACCCGGGUCAGUUCAACAUGGGCGGCGCCUUCUCAAACAUGGCCGCGGGCAUGGGCCCCCUGCUGGCCGCCGUGUCUACGGGAGGGGUGAGCAGCAUGGACACCAGCAGCAUGGCGUCGUCGCCUCAGAGCCUGGCGGGGGCUCCGGGCCUGCCCUUCCAUCUGCAGCAACACGUCCUGGCCUCGCAGGGUCUGGCCAUGUCCCCCUUCGGAAGUCUGUUCCCCUACCCCUACACGUACAUGGCGGCGGCCGCGGCGGCCUCCGCCUCCUCGGCGUCGUCGUCCUCCUCCUCCUCCUCCUCCUCGUCGGUCCACCGGCACCCCUUCCUGAACGCGGUCCGGCCCCGACUCCGGUACAACCCCUACUCGCUGCCCAUGACGGUCCCGGACAGCACCCUCCUCACCGCUGCCGCCGCGGCCGCAGCCGCCUCGGCCUCCGCCCUGGGGGCCGACCUGAAGGGGGACGUGCUGGUUCCGGCUAGCCCGGUGUCGGCCCUCGACUCCACGUCGGAGGUGACCAGCCGCUCGGUGUCGCCCAAACUGUGCGCGGAGAAGGAGGCCGCCAACGAGCUGCAGAGCAUCCAGCGCCUCGUCAGCGGUCUGGACUCCAACCAGGACAGGUCAAGAAGCGGGUCGCCGUGAAGUGGCGCGGGGGGUGUAAGGAGGCAGGGGGGGGGCGCCACCCACCCAACCUCCCUUUCCCUUCCGUCCCCCAAUCCACCCCCACUUUUUUUUUUUUUUCAUUUGUCAUUUUCAAGGCGACCCAAAUAUCUUGAAAGCGAGCAGGAGGACUUUGUUCAUAGCAGUUUUAUUUUUUUUUUUUUGAACGGAGAGAAUUCAAAACAAGAAACACGUGUUAGUUUCUGAAAUGCACUUUGGUUUAAUACACAUCUGAUAUGUAUUUUUUUGUUGUUUUAAAUUAAAAAAAACACUUAACCUGUCUUUUUUUUGAAGGGGAGGGGAAUACCGUACAAGUAUUGAAACUGAAAAGUGGUCAUAUGGGUGAGAUUUAACGGAUUUAAGUUGCUGCUGUCUCCUAACUGCAUAGUACACGACGAAAUGUUCUGUUUUUUUUUUUUUUUUUUUUUUGGUAUUAUUAUUGUUCGUUUUUAUUUUUACUUCCCAGUAUGCACUCUGAAUUUCCACCUUUUUAAUUUCCACUACCAGUGAACAUAACCUACCUUUAAAAGACUGCUGUAUUUUUCUUGUACAAUUGCAAUUUUAACGAAUUGGACCCGCAAAAAAAAAAAAAAAAAAAAAAAAAAAAAAGUUGCAUGACUUCUUCCUCCUCUUCAUGAUCAUCCUCCUAUCGUGAAUGUUCUUUAAACAGUGGAGGAAAAUGUUUUUUGUUUAUAUA